AUGGACUCCGAGAAUAUUUCCACCGAGAAGCUCCCAAUGCUCAAGGGAAUGGAUAACUUCCAGCAAUGGGCCUAUCAUCUCAGGCAGGCAUCGCAAGCUCGCAGUGUGAAACUCUGGAAGCUUAUCAUUGGCGAAUUUCAGCCUGCCAACGAACAUCCGAUUGCCUGGAGCAAGGCAGAGACUCGUACUCGUGCUGCCACUUACAUGCGCAUGCCUGCUGCAAAGGUCAGUGACGACCAAAUUAGAAGAUUUGUCCGCAUGUUUGUCACCACUCCAAACGAAGAGCUUGCCGAAUGGACCAAGCUAAACUCGACCGCAAUGAACCUCAUUUGUUCGACAAUUGCUCCCGGGAUCGCUCUGGGCACGGUGGAAGAGAGAUCAGCGACAAGACUUUUCGACCGAUUGACCAGGAUGUAUGGAAGGCCCAACAAAGAUGUGUUCCAGUUGAAGUUUGAUGCCUUGGCCGACUGCAACUACCGUCCCGGCACCAAGCCUCAGAACUUUGUCAAGAAGUUUUGGGAAUUGGUUAUGAACAAGCAUAAUUACACUGGUCCCUAUCACCUCACCACACAAUGGGAUCUUUAUGGUCAAUUCAUCCGCGCUGUUCGUGCUCAUGGCGACAUGCUGCAUUGGAUUACCAAUCAUAACCCAGACAUGGAAUCUGCAACGCUUCUCAAGGACACAAUCCAAUCCUUUCUCGAUUACGAGUGCAACCGUGUGCAAAACCUCGCUCGUACCCCCCGUCGUUGA